CUUCCGGGAGCCGGCAUCCCUCCGUGACCUCAGAGGUACACUUCCGGGACGCGGAAGUGACCCGUCUGCCCUCCCCUUCCGUCUCUCUCUUUCCGGUGGAGGAGUCUGGAGACGACGUUCAGAGAUGGCACCUCGCAAGGGGAAGGAAAAGAAAGAAGAACAAGUCAUCAGCCUUGGGCCUCAAGUGGCUGAAGGAGAGAAUGUAUUUGGUGUCUGCCACAUUUUUGCGUCCUUCAAUGACACCUUUGUCCAUGUUACGGAUCUUUCUGGCAAGGAAACCAUCUGCCGGGUGACUGGUGGAAUGAAGGUCAAGGCUGACAGAGACGAGUCCUCUCCCUAUGCAGCCAUGUUGGCUGCCCAGGAUGUGGCCCAGAGGUGCAAGGAGCUGGGCAUCACUGCCCUGCAUAUCAAACUCCGCGCCACAGGAGGAAACAGGACUAAGACCCCUGGACCUGGAGCCCAGUCAGCCCUCAGAGCUCUUGCUCGCUCAGGGAUGAAGAUUGGACGGAUUGAGGAUGUCACCCCCAUUCCCUCUGACAGCACCCGAAGGAAGGGGGGUCGUCGUGGUCGCCGUCUGUGAACAGGACUUCUCAAAUUAUUUUCUGUUAAUAAAUUGCUUUGUAUCAGCUAUUUUGGUCCUUUUGUUUUUCUUAAUUUGUUUUGAGGCAGGG